UACUGGCGUGGACAGGGGGCGGGAUUUCAACUUUCAACCACGGCUGGAAAACGCACUCGUCUUCUGCAGUCGUUAGUAUUUGUGCGAGUGUUUAUGGUAGUAGGCUACACCAGGAGCGGUGUCAAGCUAUAUUUUAGUGUUUCACCACACGGAUAUUCGGUGCUUUAACCCCGGCAGAGCGCGCUCUCUCUGUCGCUGACUCUGACCUUAAGAUUGCUGUGCGAUUUCAGGUGGUUAUGUAUUUGUCUGUUAUUUCUCUAGCGUUGUUUUUUAUCUGUAAAAUAUUCCGGACCUGUCUAUGCUCUUGUCUAAUGCCUGCCUGUGUUAAUCGGAUGGUCCUAUUGCACUUAUUUUGAUUCAGCGAAAUUCUGGAAAAGUAGUGGAAUGGUAUCGGCAGACUUUUUGUCCACUAGGAAGUGAGCAAGAACGUGUAACUGGGGUGAGAGAUGAUGGAUGCUGUGGACUCUUUGCAAGGCUCAUCUCUGGAAUCCAAAGCUGAACGUAUCGCCCGGUACAAGGCAGAGAGAAGGCGGGAGCUGUCUGAACAGUAUGCCAACUUGGAGGAAAGUUCAUCCGUGUACACGCGGAGGGAAAGACACCGGGAAACCACAGACACCUCAGAUGCAGUGCCCAGCUCUGAGCAAAAGAAGACAGAUGUUUCCUCUGGACUGAGUCAGUGCAAUAAAGAUAACACUGCUCCGAGAGAGCAAGGAGACAGGAGCAAUUUUGAGGGAAAGGCCAAAACAGAUGCCACACCAUCCUCUAACAUCUUUGUUAGUCACAGCAACAAAGUAACAAGUCCACUGGAAGCAGAGGAAGCCAAGAAGCCGCAGGAUGAGGGGAAAGCAGAUGACGCCAAAACCGGUAUGCCUGCCAAGACGUCUCUUUUAAAAGGGCUGGAGAAGACAGACAUCUCUGCCACCCCAAAGAACCAAGCAGAUGACACUACCUACAAUAUCAGUGAGAGGAGGAAAGUUUCCGCCAGCCAUUCCUCCUCAGAUGAGGGUGUGAAAAGUUCUGGAGAAAGAAUACAUUUCAGACAGGAUGAGAUCUCCCACUUUCAGCUUUUCACUGCAGGAGAACAGGAUGCGAGAAACAAGGAAAAUGAGAAUGUGAGGGAAGAAAUGGCUAAACAGAAUGAGCCGAAAGUGAGAGAUAGGCAGUGUUCUGUGGGCACAGAAGAACUGAUUGUUUCUUCUGGAGCUCUUAAGGUGGAUGAAGAGCCAAAAGCUGCCAUGCCAGUCCUACAGAGACAGGACUCAGGCCAGCACAACAUAAAAGGCAUCCUGAAGAAGAGCCGCUCAACCAGUCUGGACUCCGAACACGCCGAGCUGGAGUGUAUCACAACUCCUGCCAUCAAAACCUGCAAGGAGCUGACUGUUCUUGAUGGAAAGAAGGCCAAGGAUGAAGAGGUUGAGGAUGACAAGGAGGAAGAGGAGGACGGAGACGAGAGGAUGCUGCAGAGAGAGGAAAGCAGCUCGAGUGAGACUUCUCGCACUCCUUCCCCAGAUUCUGUGGACAAAACCCAGUCUUUCUCCCAAUCUGAAGAAGAGGAGGAGCUAGACAGCAGCCUCGACGGGAGCAUGAGCUCCUCCCUCAAAGAGAGGCUGGCAGAGUUUAAGAGCGGUGAAGACGAUUGCCGGGGCAAGCUUAAGAAGAAUAAGCAAACCGAUGUGGUCCAGGCUUCCCUGGCUGACCGUUACUCCCAGCUGCAGGAGAGUGAAAAUGCCUGGAAGAAGAAGAAGUCUUCUGCAGAUGUAGAACCAAAGAUGUCUUUGGCUGAUCGGAUGAAGAUAUUGCAGGAGAAGGAGGAACAAUGGAAAACUAAAGGCAAAGGAGCUUUUAAUGACUCCACCCAGUUCUCUGUUGCUGGACGAAUGGCUAAGAGAGGCUUAGUGUCACCCAACAGAGAGGAUGUCCCCAUCAUCCUUAGCAAGAAGGCCAGCAACAGUACACCAGUCAAACCAUUAGAAGAAAUCUCUACACGUCCUGAUGCUGAGGGUGAUAAAAGACUGGACAAACUGGAGUCCUUCUUAGACAGACUUCACAAUAAAGGCACAGGCAUGAAGAACUCCACCAUCGAGGUGAUGGAGGAGAAAGAGAAGGAGGUGAUGACCCUGGAUGACGAAGAGGCGUUUGGGCGCUUCUACAGUAGCUUAUCACCCACCAUUCUGAGCUCCAGUGUACUGCUAGGCGAGGAAGAAGACUUUAGCAUCCUCCUGUCAGACACGCCCAAACUAACAUCAGCAGUUGAGGAACAUAAGCGUUCAGUGCGGCCCUGCAGAAAAACCAAGAGCUCUAGAAACCCUCUCCGUGCCCUGGCAGCACGAGACGACCUCAGACAGGCUUAUACUGAACAGAGACUGAAUGUGGCCUCCGUGGAGACCAAAAGGAUACAAAUGGAGCGGAUGGCCAAGCACUCAAAUUUGGCAGAUGCGGCUCUGGCAGGUCUGGCCAGCAAAGAGAACUUUAAGAAAGUCAAUCUGCGAAGCGUGAAGUCUACAGAGGUGGUGACCAACAACAGCGCUGUGCCUUUCCACAAGCUCAUGCUUAUCCACAUUAAAGGCCGCAGGCAUGUUCAGGUGCGUCUGGCUGAACCCACUGCUCGCUCUCUGAACAGCGGAGACUGCUAUCUGCUCAUCACUCCCAAACACUGCUUUUUCUGGAGUGGAGAAUUUGCCAAUGUCAUCGAAAAAGCUAAGAGCUCAGAGAUGGCUCAGUACAUCCAGACGAAGAGAGAUCUGGGCUGCAAAGCUCCUCAGAUCACCGUGCUGGAGGAGGGAAUCAACACAGAGAACCGUUCGGCCAAAGAGUUCUGGAGUCUGUUGGGAGGAAAGACUGAGUACAGAGGUGCAGGGGAGCCAGAGGAAGAUGAACUGUAUGAGAGUGCUGUAGUAGAGUCAAACUGUGUCUACAGGCUGGUGGAGGAUAAGCUGGUUCCUUAUGAGGAGGCCUGGGCAUCCAUUCCCAGUGUCUCUCUUCUCAACUCUAAGGAGGCGCUGGUGUUUGACUUUGGAAGCGAGGUGUACGUCUGGACAGGAAAGGAUGUUUCUUUGAGUGACAGGAAGGUGGCAGUGCAGCUGGGCAAACACAUCUGGAGUGGUGCAUACGACUACAGCUCAUGCAGGAUCAACCCCCUGGACCCCUCCUCAGCCAAUAAAGACACCCCUAAACAAGGUGAGGGCAGGCCGAGCUGGGCCCUGUUUGGCCGACUGUCAGAACACAAUGAAACCGCUCUAUUCCGGGAGAAGUUUCUAGAUUGGGCAGAGAGGAAACCCCCCAAAGAUGAACCGGUGGUGGAGGAGCUGAAGAGUCCAGUCUGUCAGCACCUUCCCACCUGUGACUCUGAGCUGAAGCCGUGUGACGUCACAGAGAUGCUGGCGGGAACAGCAGGCCCUGUGAAGAUGGUGCUGGAGGGUGUGGACGUGCAGAGAGGUCAUGGAUUGGUCCGUUCUGAGGAUGGGCGGCAGGCUGAGCUGUCCACCGUUGCUGUGGACUCAUGGCACAUCCGUGAGUUUGAUGAUUUUGAGAUCCCGCCAGAGAGUGUGAGUCAGCUCCACGAAGGCGACACCUAUGUCAUCCGCUGGAAAUACUCUGUCACUAAUGUUGUGGGUAAGAGACAGAAGCCCGGUGAAGUGAGUACAGCUGGCCCAGGCAGGGAACGCACAUCAUGCUUCUUCUGGCAGGGACGUCACUCCAGCGUCAGUGGGCGGGGCACAUCUGCCCUCAUGACGGUAGAGCUGGGCAACCACAGGGGGGCGCAAGUGCUGGUCACACAGGGCAAAGAGCCACCCUGCUUCCUCCAACUCUUCCAGGGAGGGCUAAUCAUCCACCGAGGCUCCAGGGAGGAUAGCUUUAACAACACAGGAGACUGGCGUUUGUUUUGUGUGCGUGGAGAGGCAGUAAUGGAGGGCUCGUUGGUUGAAGUGGAGUGCUGUUGUGACAGCCUGCGCUCUCGUGCUAGUUUGCUGCUGCUGGGGGUACAAAAGGGACAACUCUACUUGUGGCAUGGCUGUAAGUCUCAUCCCGGUGCCCGGGAAGUGGGCAAAAGGACCGUGGAGCGCCUCACUCAAACUUGUCCUCGUGAGCUGGGUUUGAACAGUAACAGCAGUUUGAAAGUAAUUGAAAUAGAGGAAGGAACUGAGCCCAAGGAAUUCUGGGAUGCUCUUGGCAAGCAGGACAGGAAAGCGUAUGACUGCAUGCUGCAAGAUCCAGGAAAGUACAAUUUCACACCACGUCUUUUCCAUCUGAGUGCCAGCGGUGGGACUUUUCAGGAAGAGGAACAGUUCGGGCCCGCCCAAGUGACAGGAACCAUCAUGGCCAUGCCAUUCCUGCAGGAGAACUUGUAUUCUGCCCCUCAGCCUGCUCUGUUCUUGGUGGAUAACAGGAUGGAAGUGUACCUGUGGCAAGGGCAGCAACAAGAAGAUACAGAAUGUACCGGCUCAGCCAAGAUCCGCUGGGACAGUGAGAGGAAGUGUGCCAUGGAAACAACGCUACAGUACUGCCAAGAGAAGAACUCCAGACGGCCUCCUCAGGCCUACCUGAUCCUGGCUGGUGCAGAACCACUCACCUUUACCAACAUCUUCCCUUGUUGGGAGAAAGACCCAAAUAUUAAAGUCCAGGUUGAAGGAGCCCAUAAUAAAGUGAUUCUGGUUAAAGACGCCCUGUCUAAACUCAGCAGGCUGCAGUACACUGUGGAGGAGCUCACUUCCAAACCCCUGCCAGAGGGAGUGGACCCUCUGCGCCUCGAGUGCUACCUGUCAGAUAAAGACUUUCAGAGUGUUUUGGACCUGACACGGAAUGAAUUUUACACCCUCCCAAACUGGAAACAACUGAAUCUGAAAAAGAGCAAAGGCCUCUUUUAAACAAAUUAAAUGUUUGUGACUACGAUCUGUUGUAUAUUCACUUAAAGUAAUUACUAAGGAACUGUGCAUAUUUUCUCUGUGCUUUUUUUCACCAAUAUGUACAGUUAAUUUUUUUUUUCUUUUUAAAGAUGUACCUACCUAUGGCCUUAGCAGUUUCAUAUUACAUACAUCAGUAGCUUUUGGUUACAAGACUUUUCUAUACAUUUUAAGUUUGCAAAAAGUGAACGUUUUGGGAAUAGCUUGAAGCAUAUCAACAUACUGUAAAUCUAUGUCUCGCUACUCACAAGCUUGAAUUUUAAAUAUGUAUUCCAUUUUAUUGUUUUACCCUGUUUAACCCUGUUUCUAUCAAACUGUGACCUUAAAAUGCAUUAAACACUAAUGAUGACAAUUCAUGUAAUCAGUGGAAAACAAAUGGAGGCCUUUCACGCAGUCACUGAGCUCUGUGCAAGAUACGCAGUGGAAAGUGAAUAGCUUUUUAAACCAUAAUGUGUGCACAUAUAAAGUGCACUGCUGCCACAGGAAUGAAGAUGACUAAUAUGCAGUAUUAUGUGAUCUUUUUAAUGUGACAAUACAGUUACAACAAUAUUAAAAAUAACAAAUCAAUAUGUAUGUGGUUUCUCAAAAUAUAUAAAUGUAUUGUUUGGCCAGUAUCAGAAUUAUGCCACUAAAAUAUAUACUGUAGCAGCUCUUGGUUGACAAUAAAUGUUAUUCAAUAUCAUA